AUGUCCAUCCGGUACGUCUUGCUCUUGGUGUUCCUCGUUGGCGCUGUUUUCUGCCAGUUCGAGGAGGUUAAGCGAAGGAUUGGCCUACGCUACAUGUACGACCAGGAUGCGCCCUCUGAUGUUGUCGGUAUGCUGUCACAAGACGAUUUGAACAACCCACGACCACUUCUCCGGGGAAGAUACGGCAAGCGCUCCAACCUGCCCCCAAUCCUCUAU